UCAAUGUCAUAAAUUGGAAGAGGUUAUGUUGUCUGUCUACGAUUCCUGAUCAAUAAUAUUUGGGGCAAGUUUUCUUUAAAAAUGUCGAAUUCUAUAAUAAAAAUCCUUGCUCUAGACAAGGUAGCAACGGUUUUGAGUAUGAUACGCCAAAACGGUGGCGUCUUCGGAUCGUUGUACAAAUUAUACAGACAAGAAGAACUAAAAGACGGCAAGCUGGUAGGGGAAGAUAGCUUCGGCAACAAAUAUUACGAGAACCCACGAUACUUCUACAGCAGGAACAGAUGGGUGGAGUACUCAGAUAAGUUCAACAUGAACUAUGAUGCCAGCCAGGUCCCUGCUGAGUGGUAUGGAUGGUUGCAUUACAAAACUGAUCUUCUGCCACACCAGGACCCAGGCAGACCUAAAUACAAAUGGAUGGCUGAACACACUGAGAACUUAUCUGGUACAACAGGCCAGUAUGUACCAUACAGCACCACCCGACCUAAAGUUGAAGCCUGGAUGCCAAAGCCUAAGACCAGUGUAUAAAUUAAAAAGAAUUGUCUAUGACACUAAAAUGAAUUAAAAAAUAUAUCAACAGCAAAAUUCUUGUCUAUAUUACAACCAGAGAUUGACUUUUUUUAUUUUUUUGAACUCAGAUUAAAGCAGUUCAUUAUUACUUUCAGAAUAAUGUUUUUAAAAUUUAACUGUAUCAUUUGUUUAAUAUAUUGUUAUAAUAGCUUAGUUGUAAGUAGAAAAUUAAUAAAAUCUGUUUUAAUUUA